UCACACCAGCGUGCUUUAUUCGCUGCAGGUUCGCUCGCGCUGACUGUCGGGUAAAAUUAGGAGAGACGUGAUGAGUCGCGCGAGCCGCUCGCGAGCACAGCGCCCCUGAGAAGAGAACGCCUCUGCCGCCUGGAUGAGAUAAAAAGCGCGCGCGCCCGCCCGCCCUCGCGUUCUGCUUCUGUUGUGUUCGAGCACGGACCAAGCGCUCGCGCUGCGGGACAACGCCGAGGACCAGAGCCUGAGAGACAGCGCGCGAGCGAGCGAGACACUCCACCGCGACAUGGUCCUGUGCGUCCUGGGCUUUCUUUUCCUGCCACUGCUCGGGUUUACCGACGGCUCGCGAAUAGAAUGUGAGCAAUCGCAGUUCCAGUGUGGGAACGGCCGCUGCAUCCCGUCUGUGUGGCAGUGUGACGGUGACGUGGACUGCACUGACGGGAGCGAUGAGAACACGUGUGUGACGAAGACGUGCACGGAUCAGGAGUUUGUCUGCCGCAACGGCCAGUGCCUCCCCAAACGAUGGCACUGCGACGGAGAACCUGACUGCGAAGACGGCUCCGACGAGAGCAUGGACGUGUGUCAGUCCAGAACUUGCCGAAUGAACGAGUUCAGCUGCGGCACAGGCUCAACGUUGUGCAUUCCUGUCUCUUGGAAGUGUGACGGAGAGAGAGACUGUGACAACGGAGAAGACGAGGCAAGCUGCGGUAACAUCACCUGCUCUCCUCUGGAAUUCACCUGUGCCAGCGGCCGCUGCGUCUCCCAGAGCUUUGUAUGUAACGGCGAGGAUGACUGCGGCGACGGUACCGACGAACUGGACUGCACUCCUUCUUCCUGCGGCCCUAACCAGUUCCAGUGCGGCAACGCAACGUGCAUUCCUGUUGGUUGGAUGUGCGACAACGACGCAGACUGUCAGGACCAAUCGGACGAGUCGCCCCUGCGCUGUGGGAGGAACCCCACACCGCCGGCGAAAUGCUCAGCGAGCGAGACGCAGUGCGGCUCAGGAGAGUGUAUUCACCGCAAGUGGCGCUGUGACGGAGACGCCGACUGCAAAGAUGGCAGCGACGAGAGGAGCUGUCCUCCUCGCUCCUGUCGCCCGGACCAAUUUAAGUGUGACGACGGAACCUGUAUCCAUGGCAGCCGGCAGUGCAACGGUUUCCGAGACUGUUCAGACGGCACGGACGAAGACAACUGCAAAAACCUGACUCAGUGUAGCGGCCCGGACAAGUACAAGUGUCGGAGUGGAGAGUGUAUUGAGAUCAGCAAAAUCUGUAACAAGGUCCGUGAUUGCGCCGACUGGAGCGACGAACCAAUGAACGAAUGCGAUCUGAACGAGUGCCUCGUUAACAACGGGGGAUGCUCGCACCUGUGCCGUGACUUGGUCGUCGGCUACGAGUGCGUCUGCACGCCUGGGUUGCAGCUCAUCGAUCACAAAACCUGUGGGGAUAUCAACGAGUGCUUGAAUCCGGGGAUCUGUAGUCAGAUUUGCAUCAAUCUGAAAGGAGGCUACAAAUGCGAGUGCCAUGAGGGUUAUCAGAUGAAUUCCAGCACAGGAGUGUGUAAAGCAGUAGGCAAGGAGCCUUGUCUGAUCUUCACAAACCGGAGAGACAUCCGGAAGCUGGGGCUGGAAAGGCGCGAGUAUACACAGCUCGUCGAACAAUUGCGCAACACCGUGGCCCUGGAUGCGGACUUUAACUCUCAGAGAAUCUUCUGGGCCGACCUGGGACAGAAAGCCAUCUUCAGCACAGCGCUAGACAAGCGUGAAGAUCAGAACAGCCACACCAAAGUCGUUGAUGUCCAAAUGCCUGUAGGAGUAGCGGUGGACUGGAUAUACAAGAACGUCUACUGGUCAGAUCUGGGCAGUAAGACCAUAGCUGUGACCAAUUUCAAUGGCACGAAGCAGAAAGUGCUGUUUGACAAGGACUUAAAGGAGCCAGCUUCCAUUGCAGUGGAUCCUCUCUCUGGGUUCCUUUACUGGUCAGACUGGGGCGAGCCGGCUAAAAUCGAGAAAUCCGGAAUGAACGGGGUAGACCGACAAGUCCUAGUUGAAACCGAUAUCCAGUGGCCUAACGGUAUCACCCUUGAUCUGAUCAAAAGUAGACUUUACUGGGUCGAUUCCAAGCUGCACACGCUGUGUAGUGUGGAUCUAAAUGGAGAUAACCGGAAAAAAGUCCUGCAGUCCCAAGAUUACCUGGCUCACCCCUUUGCCCUCACGGUGUUUGAGGAUCGAGUUUUCUGGACGGAUGGCGAGAGUGAGGCUAUUUAUGCAGCAAAUAAGUUUACAGGAUCAGAUGUGAUUAUGUUGGCCAGCAACCUGAACGAACCCCAGGACAUUAUUGUCUACCAUGAACUCGUCCAGCUAUCCGGCACCAACUGGUGUGACGAGAGGGUCGAAAACGGCGGCUGUUCCUACAUGUGUCUGCCGGCGCCUCAAAUCAACAAGCACUCUCCCAAGUAUACGUGCAUGUGUCCCGAAGGUCAGGAGCUCACCUCGGACGGCUUGCAGUGCAAACCAGUGCCAUCUACAGCUGAUCCACAAGAUGAAGGGCGGGUGCUUACACACCCCACACAUCCUCCAGACACCCCGAAACCCAAGGUCGCAGCACAGUCCGAGCCGACUGGAAAAAAUCUCAGCACUUCAAUACAUGAGGUCAAAUCAGCCAAAGGAUCAGCUGCAGCGUGGGCAGCUUUGCCACUGUUGUUGCUGGCCAUGACUGCAAUUGGGGGUUAUGUAAUGUGGCGGAAUUGGCAGAUAAAGAAUAAAAAGAGCAUGAAUUUUGACAAUCCGGUGUACCUGAAGACUACGGAAGAAGACCUCAACCUCAACAUUGACUCACAAACUGCAUCAGUCGGUCACACGUAUCCUGCUAUUUCUAUAGUAAACACAGAAGAUGACAUGCCAUAGCCGGGCCUCUGCACUGCUCCUAUUUAUGAACUGUCCACUUGGGAUGCUCACCAAACACUGCUGUUUCAGCAGGCUGACAGUCAGAUGCCUUCCGAAGUGCAUUUUCUCCAUUGUUUCUUAGGGAUGGUGUGUCUUUUUGCGUGAAAAUCCGAUGACGACUUGCUUCCUUCUCACAGUAAACAAGCCCAAAGCAUUACGUAGACCGAGGACGUGGCCUUUUACUGGUUAUGCCACCGAUCUUGGUCCAUGCAAAACGACUGCAACUCGACAGCUCUUACUUUUGAGGAGGUGAGGGGGGAAAUCGGACUGAAACCAAGAAUGUACACAAGGCUAGUGCUGUUGAAUGUUUUGUGCAAAUGAAUGUUUAGAAGAAGUCUGAAUUUUUAGCCAGUUUCUUUUUCUUUUCUUUUUUUUUUCUCUUCAAUAUUUACCUCCUGAAGCACAUUGUUACAAUGCUUCUUGUGUCUGUCCUGGGGAAAACUAAGCUCUGCACACGGAGUGCUGUGGGAACAUUUGUAAAAUGCUGUAAAUAUCCCUAACUUAACGAGUUUUCAGGAUUCUCCAAGCACUUUGGUCAAAUGGUCAUGUGUAAAUAAGAUUGUAUACAAUUGACUUGAAACAUUUUUUUGCUAUGGUGGGGUAUAGUACCAGGGUAGAUUAAAGUGUAUUUAAAAAGAAAGGUUUGUUAAACUAUUUUGUAUGUUUGUGCUGUUCCUGUAACCUUUUUAUAGCAUUGUACAGGAAGGUGUAAAUGCUGUGUUGGGGGGGAAAAAACGAUUGCAAAUACAUAAAAAUAAAAGGAAAUGAUCAGUUGUAA